ACAAAAGGCUAUGUACGAAGUACAGUGUGGAUCUCAUUUCAUUUGUACCUUCCCCUAGAAGGUGAAAUGGCGGAGAAAAAAGCACCGCAACAUAACGUAACAAUCAAAUGGGAAACCGUUUCACUAAUCUCCGUUCAAAAAACUCAACCACUAUCGAAGAAGAAAACUGAAACGAGCUCGAUCAUUCUCGAACAAAAGAAGAGUUACACUACCGAGUUUAGAAACUUCGAUGACGAUGCAUGGUACACCGUUAUGGUUACAAUGGAGGGAAAACAAACCCUCAGAAUAAAGUACGAAAAAUUCUCUGAUGAAGAAGACCAAUUGUUCGAACCCUCGUUUUUCGAAUCAUUGGAAGCGCUUCACGAGUUUGAGAAACGAUUCAGACCUCUCUCUGUACAGGUUCAGGAUUAUGAAUGUCGUAAACUCGUUCAUGGUGUUAAGGUUUGCGCUUCCCAACACUUUAUUCCUGAUGACCUUCGAUUUUACGACGCUAUCGUUGAUGCGGUGCAAGAACGCAAGCAUUCUCGCAAAAAAGAUGCAGAGUGCCUGUGUACUUUUAUACUUGACUGGUUACAUGGGCCAAAUGCUGGAAAUUUGACUGCUGCAGAAGUUGGGGAUAUUUGCAUUGUGCAGCCUGUAAUACAGCUUGAUCCAACAGUGGCUUCAUUCCUUGAGAUAGCAAGGAGGGUAAUAGAAUCAAAGUCUGGUCAGGAAAUGGGGGCCUACUACCUCAAAGACUUAGAAACUAGUGAAAGACGAAGUUUUUUUGAACGAAUGCAGAAGGGAAAACAACGUGUCAAACGAUCUGCUUUGGGUGCAUAUUCUCCUGAAGUCAACCUUGACAGAACAAAGGAAGAUAAAGAGUUGGAAGGAAAAAGAAAUGUGUGGAUGAUAUUGGUGGGCAAUCUUGAGAAAGGAUUAUGUUCAUCAACAGCUGUAGAGUUCUUACAGAGACAUGCUCAAAUAUCAGCUACAGUCUUCAUUUUUUCAAGUUUAUCAUCGGAGAUAUAUACCAGGGGUGCCAUUAUGUUGCACACUGAACAAAAUUUUCAUAAGCUUUGUGACUUUUUGACAAAUCCCAACCACAUCAUAACAUCUUCAACUGGCAGGCCUUGGGUGAUAAUUGAAAAACAAGUAGGUCUCAAAAAUAUCAAAGCAUCAAUAGGAACACUGGGGCCUAAAUAUGAGAAUGUAUCACAGGAUGAAAGGAGUAGAACGAGCAACAAUUUGAAGCUUGUACAGUCAGGAACUCAAGAAUUCCAGAUAUCUAGUGCUAUGAGGGAUUUGUUUUUGGAAUUUUCUGAUCACCAAGUGCGGCUGCACAAGAAGCUUGCACUUAUGGAGGGAAGUGUGUUUGGAAUUUGAAACUAGGUCCUUUGAUGAACUUUUUUAACAGCUGGUACUGAUUUUGUAUAGAAUUUUUCAGCAAUUGUUAAUAUAACCUUUCUUGUAUAUAAGCUUAGUGGACAGGAAAAGUGAAUACAGAAUCCUAGUUUCUCUUUUGACAUUAAUAUAUCCCUCUCCUAGUUAUGCACUAAAUAUCAUGAGAUAAAGUGUGGGCAACCUUUGGUCUGACA